UUUUAUUUUUUCUGGAAUAUAUACUAAAAAUACUGAAGAUGAGGGAGUAUCAAUACGUUAAUUAAUUUGUUUUAAAAUGUAAUUAAUAAAGAACAACUGCAUGACCAUCCUUUGUUUUAUUCUAUAUUAUUUUAAACACCUUUGGCUCUAAAUUUUGAUAAACUAUAUUUUGAAAAUAUACAAGUUAAUAGAUAUAUGCAAAAAUCAUUUGCCCUAUUAUAAAUUUCUUUAUUUUCAUUCCUUUUCUUCCCAUUACCAUUUAAAAAAACAUUCAGUAUGAGACAACCACAACCUUAGGAAAUCCAAAAUGAAGUUUCCAAAUAAUUAUGUAAUUUCUUAAAGAAAAAAAUAUCCAAAUAAUCUGACUAGUUGUCCUAAAAUUAAAAUACAAAAACUUUUUUUGUAAUUGGCAAUUAGUCAUAUUAUGUUGCUGCAGACCCAUUAAUUCUGCAUUAUUGAGAGCUUUGGACAUGAAAGCUCAAUUCAAGGUCAAUUAGAAUAACUCUAUUUUUUCUGAAAGGUCCAAUUUCCAAAAGGUCUUGCCACAGCAUCUCCACCAGAUUUAAGUCUGAGCUUUGACUAGGCAACUUCAAAUCCUACAUUUUGAUUUUGUCUGAAUGUUUUUGUGCCAUUCAAACUAAGACUUUCUGAUCAGCUUUGGACCAUUGUGCAUACCACUGAUUUGCUUAAGCUAAUGGUCACAAACUGAUGGCUGGACAUUCUCCCUCAAGAUUUUCUGAUUGAAAGUAUCAUCUGUUCUUUUUCAUGGAAAUGUAGAUGUUUUUUGAGAAACUGAGUCAGGCCUUCCUGUUCUUCUUGGUCAGCAGUGGCUUUGGCCUUGGGAAUCUCCCAUAAAAGCCAUUUUUUCAGUUUUUAUCUUAUCGUUAAAUUAUGCACACUGAGCUUGAGUCAGGCAAAUAAGGCCUUCAGUGCUUUAGAUGUAAUUAUGUGUUGUUUCGUGAGCUCCUGAUCAGUCUUCAGAAAGUUCACUACUCUCUAUGUUUUCUCCAUUUGUUUAUGGCGGUCCUUAUUAUGAAGAGUCAAAGCAAUCUUUUCCAGAUUGAUAGAUGUGAAUGACGUUGUGUCUCAUUUGAUCUUGAAUAUCUUUAGGACACAGUUGAAAUUCAGGUGUAGCAAUUUAUAGCAGAAAUAUUGUGCAGUUAUUAGAAAAAGGCAAAUCAGACUCACGAUCUAAGGGAUGUGCAACUGAGUCGGAUCACUUUUUCAAAACUGUACAUUUUUGUGCAUGUUCAACAAUGCAAUUAAAAAAUAUCUUCAUAUUACAGGUCUUGCAGUAAUUUGUUUCUAUGUAAUUUCCCCCUGGAUGUGUGAGCAAGCGGCUCUUGAACCUUUGACAGGAAAACAAACUAUUUGCAGCUGUAGGUUUGUAUGAGUCAUUUUCUAUUUAAACUGACAUUUUCAAGAAAACAGUAUCUAAGUGUGAAAAUGAUCCAAAGAUAGAACACAAUUCUUAUUGACGUCCUUUUUACACUUCAGUGAUGACCUUUCAGAAUGAAUCAGUUCAAUGAUCAGAGAUGACCAAAUAUGGUCAAGUGUUUCUCACCCUGCAGUCUAAAAACAAACAGUUCUUUCAAUUCAAAAAUAUGGUUUAUCUUUGUUUCUGAUGGAUUUUAUCCAAUUAACAUUAUACUGGAAAGUCAGGUUAGCUUCUGAGCUUCACUGUAUAAUAUGAAAUAUCAUACCAUGUAAUUGUUUCAUGACUCGAAAUAUUUUAAGUCAGCUUUUGCUUUUUGGGAAGGGUAAUGUUACGCUUUUCUAUGCAAAUAUAAUGAGAAUUUAAGCAGUUUUGAAGUGGCAGUACAUACAAAUAUAUAUCGAUAAAUACAAGAUAUGUAUUUAUCAUCUGCCAAAUGUUCUAAAAGAAUCCAUUAAGUAUUUUCACAUAUUACUAAGGUGUUGCUGCAACUGUACAGAAAGCAAGUAAACACGUCUGAACAGAGAAUUUGAUUCAAAACAUGCACACCCAAAAACUAACAAACAAACAAGACAAAAAAAACUUGAAAAAUACAAAUGUACAAAUGGAUAUUCACAGAAGAUCUCUGAUCUGAUGUCACCAGAGACACAUGUACUUAGAGGUUUGUAUUUUUUUGGGAGGAUGGAUUUGAUCUUGAUUAAAUAACAUUUCAAAACAAAAUAAUCUUACCAGGUCAUAUUCUAAAUCUGACAAAUUUAGAUUGUAGCUACAGUUAGUUUGACUGGUUGAGAAAAGGUGAACUAGUAGCUUUAAUCAGGUUUUCCAGGUUUCAAUACUUGGUUUGUAUGAAUUGAUAUCAUUUUCCCAAAAGAAGGCAUAUGCAUUUUCACAGUGGUUUAGAGUAAGGAGGGGGCUUAGAUAAGAAUCAGCCACACACACAAAAGUAAAUUAUAGAGCAGUCUUGAGUAAUGUUUUGAUAAUUAUCACAGAAACAAAAAAAGGAGCUCGAUCAGUGAGGGAUCCUGGGAAAAAGCAACAACACACACAGGAGAAGAAUGUGAGAAAAAUCAGCAGAACAGAGCAACCAUUGAAAGUGCAGUUUACUGCGGAUGAUUCACACUGGUAUCACACUGCUUUCUCAGGGCCGGAUUUGGUCUGAGAUGAGGGGCCCCACCCUCAUGUAACUGGGGAUGGGCAUGCUGGAAAGUGCCAAGGUUUGUUGUAUCUUAUAGGAUAUGACUUGGGUAGAACUGGGACAAAAGGAAGGAAAGAAAAGUGACAGGUCAGACAGGAAGCUGAAACAAGCCCUCACAGCCCUGAGAGAAAAACACAGAUAUCAAAUAAGUAGACCACCCAAAUGAAUUAGCACAGCCUGCCGGAUAAACAAACAAACCUUCAGUGGAGCAGUGAACCAAAAAGGAAGUUUAUUCAUAUUUACUCCACUUACAGACUGGAUUUCUCUCAGGAAAAAAAUAAAUAUGGGUCAAACAAGAGUUAACCACAAUCCCUGAGGAAGCAAGAACUCAUGAUUUGAUUGUUAAAGAUGGUCAAAUUAAUAUCAGAACUGGGAACAAAACUGCUUUUCAUUCAGUCACAUGAAUGUUACGUGGAAAUGUUGUCUAAAUUUCCACAAUCUAGAACAGUCAGCUUUUGUUUCUUAUCUUUUAGAAAGUUAUGUCUUUUGUGCCAACAGACAAAACGAAAACAUGGUAAAACAUCACGUGGUUUUUGCUGCUUCUCUGAAUCCAUAACUGAACACAAAUUCACAAUUAUAAAUAGGAUACAAACAAAAUCUUAUUUUGCAUUCUCUAUUUACAUCUGGUUUGUGGACCUCCUGAAAUAUCUUGUUUCAUGACCAGUUUAUUUAUUUAUUUAUUUAUUUAUUUAUUAGCUUUUUCUUCAAGGAUAAUUUUCCUUCAUUGCGUCAGUCAGGCGUUUUGAUUUUACACCACAAGAUGGCGACAAAAUAACAAGGAAUUUCAGGAAUGUGACUGUAUUAAACAACUAAAUGCUAUAACCAAGAAACUUUUGUGUUUCAAACUGACCCCGAAAACGAAAAAAAUAAUGAAAUAAAAUAAGAUAAAAAUUCUGAAUAAUCAAAUAAUUGAGAGGCCACUUUGACGACCGUAUGAAUGCUUCGUUUGUUAAUGUGACUGUUUUUGUAAUGCAACUAAAACAUGUUGGUAAUUGUGCUUACUUUUUCGCAUCAAAAUAAUAAAAAAUACUCGGAAAAAAAAAUUAAAAUGGCACAGUUCUUUUGGCUGACCUGGGAGGUCAGUUUAAGAUGUUAAUUUCCAGGAUAUUACAUAUCAAAUGGGCGGAGAACUGAAGACGUUUCCUCUGUGCUUGGACGCUGACAAUGACAGAGUCCGUCCAACAGAGCAACAUGACACAUUCUGGCUAUUUUAUAUGGAUUUUCAUCUCCUCAUGUGGUAUAAUUGCCAGUAAUGUGAAGAAUUUGCCUCAUGUGAUAAAGUACCAAACAGCGACACCUCAGAGGUUGCAGGGCAUGCCUCUUCCAAACGAUGUUGCUGCUGCACACAAGAAAUACCCAGAUGUAGUUCAGUACUCUGUUAGUAUUGCUGGGAAAAACCACACUCUGCACCUGGAGAAGAACAAAGGUUUUUGUUGGGAAAAGCUUUGCUGUGACCUACAAUUCUGAUCAGGGUACCCAAGUUUCAACUACCUCCAACCAUGAGCUUGUCUCUGCUAAAUGAAAGUGACAGGGGGGGAGAUUUCACUGAGCAGCUGUGGCACAUUGGUCAGUGUGUCCAAUUGAAAGUGAAGAAUGGACUCUCAGGACAUCCUGCAACAUGAAAAUACUUAAUUUUACAUGUCUCCAUAUGAGAUUAAUUAAUUAAUUUGUUUGUUUAUACAUUUAUGUUUUACCCACAUUUUCUUAUUUUAUUAUGGUCAUUAAAACUAUCUAACUAACUAUAAGAUGUUAAUCUGGAUAGUUAGAGAACAAAAGAUCAAAAUACUGUUGAAACCAUCUCUGGAGAUAAUGAGGGAUGUUAUAGGAUUAAAAAAACAUGUAUGUACAAGGAAAUAAAUGAUCAGAUUCCUCAUGUUUCAUGUACAUGACUGCAUUUCUGGUACAUGAUCUAACCUGACCUAAACUAAGAGGAAAUGUUACAAAGAACUGUUUGUGGGCUUUUAUGGUUGUUUUAUAUUUCAAAUGGUCACUUUAAUGUCUAUUUAUGUUUUUAUUACUGAGUGGUUGUCGUGUGGCUACCCAAUGAAUGCUAAGUGUUUUUUGUGCAUUACUUUAAACUGUUUUCCCUUUUGUUUUAUUUUUACUUGUGUUUUAUGAUCUUUUUUUGAUAUUUCAUCCUGGUAUUUGUGUCUAUCAUGUGGAUUUUAUAUUACAGCAUCAGUAGCAGAGGCGUUAUAGCUCCACAAGCUGCUCUGUAGUGCACCAUUCAGCACUAUGAUUGGCUCUUUAUCCAUUGUGUAGCUUUUCAUUAUAAUUUCAGGUUCUUUUUAUUUUUUUUAAUCAAAAUUAACAGAUGUAUCUUGCGUCAUGAUUGUAAUUCUUAAAUAUAUCUCGCAAAUAUCUGCAACCACAGUGAUGGAAAGAUUGUGCCUUCAUUUGUAUUCCGUUUAAAUAAAUCACUCAAACUAUUUAUUCCUUCGUGUUUUCAUUCAGAAGCCAUUUGUUUGGGUUCAAAAGUGGUUACCUAGCAAUCUAUGAAACAAACACAUUACCAGACAGAGCUAAUUGUUUUACGCUCAGAGAUGUGUAUGGUUCUGGGAAUGGAUCGUUUACUUAGUGAGAAGGAAGAGCGGGAUACGCUUACCUGGAUAGAUAAAAUACCUUUCUCCAGGCCAAAAAAAAACGUCAGCAGGGACUUCAGUGAUGGAGUGAUGGUUGCGGAGAUUGUUAAGCAUUAUUUCCCAAGGAUUGUUGACAUUCACAACUAUAUUACUUCCUGCAAGACGCAGCAGAAACGCAACAACUGGAAACUUCUCAACAAGAAGGUGUUUUCCAAGCUGGACUUUUAUGUCUCAGAGGACAUGGUGGAGAAGAUUGUUUCAAGCACUCCUGGUGUGAUACUGCAAGUGCUGUUUUCCCUCAAGGAGAAGUUAGAGAAGAAACUGACAUUUUCAGAUGUAGAAAUUCAACAGGCCGAGGCAGAAAUUGUGGCUCAACUGGAAAAGAUGAAGAUUACAGAGCCAACAGUGGAACCGCAUCAAGUGAUAUAUUUCACAGAGAUGAGCCUUUCAGCAACCCGGCAAGUCAUACUGGAAAAAGAACUUCAGAUUGAGGAACUUCAGGAUAUUCUGAGGAACCUCUGGGUGAAAAUGAGCAAGUUGGAGGAGCUCAUUCAAUUGAAGGACAAGCGCAUUGAACAUCUGACAAGUCUUUCAGAGAUGUAUUAAACUAAAAUAAUGCUUGCCAGUCCGUGAGUCACCUCCGGCUAUUUUUUUUUUUUCUUUUGCCACAUCGGUAUUUGUUUUAAGAUGUAAUUAUUAAAGAACAACUACCAUACAUGUCCAUCCUUCCUUUUAUUCUAUAUUCUAAACAUAUUUGGAUAUAAAACAUUGUACACCAAGAUGCAAGUUUUUGAUAACAUUUCAUCUUUUAAGCUUUUAUGUGACUUCCAUACACGUGACCAUAUAUUUAUAUGUGGUCACUUGUGUAUGUUAGUCGUAUGUGACUAUUUCUGUCUACAAUGUGGGGUUGUGAGGACCACUGGUCCUUGUGGCGACAUUUUCUUGGUCCCCAUGAGGGGAAAUGGUUUGUGACUAGGGUUUAUGAGUCUGUGAUGGUUAGGUUGAGGGUUAAGGUAAGUGUUAGGCUGUAGAAAAUGAAUGGAAGUCAAUGUAUCGUCCCCACAAUGAAAACACAACUAUGUGUGUGUGAAGUUAAAUCAAAGGAUGAUUCAAUGCAGCAUUUAAGGAUGCAUAUGCAACCAGAUCACUGCAGGCUUUUUACAUUUUUCUCUAAAUCAGUUUUCUAUAUCUGUUUUUCAGAUAAGUUGUGCAAAAGUAAGCAAAAGUCCUAAAAUAAUUAUUCUGGUGUCAUUUGUUACAUUACAUAAACAUCCCAUUUUAUACUUCGCAAUUGUCUGCAACCACGGUGAUGGAAAGAUUGUGCCUUCAUUUGUAUUCCAUUUAAAUAAAACACCCAAACUAUU